UAAAAAUGGCCGCCGCCAAGCUUACCGCAUGCGUUUUGCGUAGAACACUGUAGUUGUGCGCAGCAGGACCGUUUAGUCGUUCCGUUAAUGAUUUGUUGAAUAUCACCGGCUGAAUUAACAUUUACCUGAACUAAUGUAAAGGUGGUAUACAUCUCGUCAUCAUCCGUUUACAGCAGCCCCCGUCAUGAGUCGCAUCGUAAAGGUCUUCAAGACCUUACGAAAUCACUGGAAAAAGUCCACUUUCGCCGCUUGUUUGUUGACUUACGGAGGAUGGUACCUCAACGAAAGGCACAAGACCACCCUCAUGAUGAGAGCUCUUUGCCAUCGGGCAAAGGAUUACGGUGACAAGCCCCUUCCUUCAGGAGCUAAGCCCAGACACGUCACUGUUAUCAUAAACCCGACGUCCAAAGAUGGGAAAGGAAAAAUUCUUUAUGAAAAGUAUGCUGCCCCACUCUUCCAUCUUGCUGGUAUACGCGUCAGCUGCUUUCAGACAGAGUAUGAAGGCCAAGCCAAAAGUUUGAUGGAAGUGCUGGACAACACUGAUGCAGUGGUCAUAGCUGGUGGAGAUGGCACACUACAUGAGGCAAUCACUGGUCUCAUGUCACGGGAUGACUUUGCAGUGGCGUGCAAGCGAUUUCCGGUGGGCAUCAUCCCAGCGGGCAAGACCAACUCACUUGCCAAGCUGUUGUUCUGGGAGCCAGGCAUCACUGAAGCCAGGUGGAUUGCACUGUCUGCAAUGGCUGUUGUCUCAGAACAGCUCUCAAAGAUGGAUGUCAUAAAAGCGGAGCUUCAAAGCGAAGAAGGCGAGGAAAAGGAAGUGAAGACUGUGUACUCCCUCGGACAAAUGGAGGAAGGCGCGUAUCACAACCUGCUCACCACGAUACCCAAGUAUUGGUACUUUGGUCCACUAAAGGCAAGAGCUGCAUUGUUCUUUGGAGCCCUCAAGGGUGUUCCAGAGACAACUGUCGCUAGACUUUCCUACUGCGAACCGUGCAGUGGUUGCUCACGGUGUUUCAACCAAAAUGCACUGGGCGAGGUACAGCCACCCCCUAGACGUCACUGGUGGUCUUCGCUAAUCCACAGAGCGGCUCCACAGAACGAGUCUCAGGUUGACUACAGCAAGCUCAUCAACGAGGACUGUGGGUCUUGGCAGGAAGAGGUCACAGAGCACAGCCAGCUCGAUGUUUCAGCAAACGCACAAAAGGAUCUUCAUGCACUGCAGUUGAAGGCCAGUACCACCACUCUCUGGAAGGUACCAACUGUUCUCUGAAUGCCUCCAAAGGCAUUUAGGCAGUACAAGUGAAGUACAUAUCACCCCAACACCAAAUCUUGGCUCGUGAAGCCAUUGUGGACUACUCCAGUGGGUCACAGCAUGGCAGUCCAGAGAGCAAGAAGACAGUGUGCAUAGACUCUGUUGAGUACAAGGCGGAUCGUGUGCACCUGAAACUUGUUCCUAGUAUUUUGAAUGUGUACCGACACAUAAAUAGCUAACAGAGGGGGCAUAUUG